UGCAGUGCUCGGUGCAGAGAAUGGGCGGCUGGAGCUCGGUGUCAUGGAGCCAGGCAUAGGAGAACAAUAAGUAUCACAGGCCGUGCUCAUACAGCCAAUGAUCACCGUCACUUGGCUAUUAGAUAGAUGGGCAGCUGCCAUUCAGGAGGAUGGAUCCAGAUUAUGCAGCAUUUGAAAGCUCUCUAUACACUGAACUGAAAGACUUCUGCAAGAAAAUCAGUGAUGCCUACAAGGAGCUGAAGGAGGACCUGACUCCAUACAGAGAUGAUCGCUUCUACAGGUUGGCCCCCAUGCGCCUAUACACUCUCUCAAAGCGCUAUUUUGUAUUGGUCUUUGUUGUAUUUUUCCUGUGCUUUGGAUUAACCCUAUUUAUUGGAAUAGCAGGACCAAAUGUUAUUGAGACCAAACAAUAUCGAAAAGAAGCCUUAAAUUCAUCUAAGGUGGGACAAUAUACAUUACAGUCUCCUGUCAUGUCAACUUACAACCAGCAGCUAUGGCUCAUGUGUAGAAUUGAACUUGACAAAUCUGAUGAUGCCAGCUUUCAGACCAAUUUUACAAUGUCUGUAAAAAUACAUGGUGUAUCUUCUGAUGCGACUGUGUCCUACGUAGAUAACAAAGAGCACUCUCGGCCGAGGGCACUAAGUUGUGCACAGAAAUGUGACGAAAUUAUACUAGUCCACCUCGGAUAUUUGAACUACACCCAGUAUAAUCUAGAAGUCCGCUUUGACAGUCUGAACCUGCUGAAAUACACUAUAACAGCGGUCACAUUUACAUGGAAGACCUACAACCCAACAUUUUCUCAAGUUGAAAUCUGGUUUCGCUUUGUGUUUGUAGUACUCACUUUCAUGGUGACUUGUUUAUUUGCACAUUCACUUCGCAAAUUUUCCAUGAGAGACUGGGGUAUAGAACAGAAAUGGAUGUCAGUCCUUUUACCUCUGCUGCUUCUAUAUAAUGACCCAUUCUUUCCUCUCACCUUUCUGGUUAAUAGCUGGUUUCCUGGAAUGCUGGAUGACCUAUUUCAGUCACUGUUUCUAUGUGCUCUCUUGCUUUUCUGGCUUUGUGUCUAUCAUGGGAUCCGGGUACAGGGUGAGAGGAAAUGCAUGACUUUCUAUUUGCCCAAAUUUCUUAUUGUUGGACUUCUUUGGCUUGCUUCUGUGACGCUGGGAAUAUGGCAGACCGUUAACGAAUUACGUGAUCCAACUUACCAAUACAGAGUAGAUACUGGUAACUUUCAGGGCAUGAAAAUUUUCUUUCUAAUCGUGGCGACUUUGUACAUCCUGUACCUUUUGUUUCUUGUUAUACGAGCAUGCUCUGAAUUGCGGAACAUGCCAUAUGUUGAUCUACGGUUAAAGUUUCUGACAGCAUUGACGUUUCAAGUGCUUGUUAUCAGCAUUGUCAUCCUGUAUUUAAGAUUUGGGUCACAAGUAUUACAAGAUAAUUUUGUCGCUGAGCUGACUACACAUUAUCAAAAUUCAGCUGAGUUUUUAUCAUUCUAUGGCCUUCUGAAUUUCUAUCUUUACACUUUAGCAUUUGUGUAUUCUCCAUCAAAAAAUGCUCUUUACGAGUCUCAGUUGAAGGAUAACCCAGCCUUCUCCAUGCUUAAUGAUUCUGAUGAUGAUGUCAUAUAUGGGAGUGACUAUGAAGAGAUGCCUCUCCAAAAUGGACAAGCCAUUAGAGCCAAAUAUAAAGAGGAGUCUGAUAGUGACUGAGAUUACCCCCAUUGUGAUGAGUGCCUUCAAGAACAGGAGGAAGCAUUCCUUGGAAUGCACUAUUUUGCUUUCAUUACACCUCUGUUACCAUCGAAUGCUGCUCUUUCCACAGAGGAUUUUUAUGAUUUUUUUUUCCUUUGCAAAACUGAAACUGUGCAGAAUGGGGAUACAGGGAAUAUUUGUAAUGGCCGAAUCUUUGUCCUUUACCUCAAGCCACAAACCAACAUAUAACGACCCCCUGUGCAUCACUUUCCAUGUUGUUUUAUUUUUCUCUUUCUUCCCUAGACUUUUUACUCUUUUAAUCUUAUCAUUCCUAAAUGGUACUUUGAAAAUGGGGAUUCUUGUGUUUUUUUUGGUUUUUUGUUUUUUUUCACCAUUCAUUUUUGCCGGUUGCCUAUGUUGGUGUUAGCUUAUGUUUUGUUAAGGAUUUAUGAAGGAAAUGCAUCUUAUAUAUAUCUAAAUGCAAUGCCCUACUUUAAAGGGAAGCUACUAUAAUGCUCCACCUUUACAGACAACGAAUUGAAUGGCAUCCAUGCUACAGUCCUUAUAACAUUUCUUGCAGUCUGCUGACAGAUGGGCAUAGUCAGUAAGAGAUGUAAACUACCAUAAUGGAAGUAAUUCUGAUAAUAGUGGACUGCUUAAUCGGCAACUCCCAAAUAUUUUCUUGAAGUGUAAAACUAAUUCUUCGAUCCCUCGCAAUCUUCUGCUCCAGCUUAGGUAGACAUAGGCCACAUUGGGCAAUGCUGUUGCCAAGACAACUGUACUACACUCAGCGAAGUUCCAUGCACGAGUCCAGUUCAUCCGUAAAGGGCUUGUGCUGAGAAUUGUAUGAUUGCCUUGGCCCCUUACUGGACCUAAAAAUUUCACUGAAGCAUUGUACUUGUGCUGUAACUCUAAUUCCUGUAGCAACAUUAAUCGGUUUUGCAGUAAGUACUAUAACCAACUAUCAGGAAGUUUACAGGCUAAAGUCUAGACAUCUUAACUUACAGAUGUCAGCCAUGUUUUUUUUUUUUUUUGACAGUUGCCAGUAGGAAGUUUUAUGUUCAGUGGUAGUCUAACAUGCAGUAGUAAUGGAGGUCUAACCAUCGUCCUGCACAAAAUCUUUUUCUGAAUACGUUUACAUUCUUGUUGUGGAUGGUUCUUUUUUAUUUUAGUUGUAAAUAAAAUGUCAUUACAUGUCAUUGUAUAUUUCAUAUAGGGCCAAUGACAAAGUCACAAGCCAUAUACAUUGUCAUUCCCUGAUCACAUGAACGUUUCCUUGCAGAAACACUGCUUUAGGGUUGGGGCACACGAAGUGCAUCCGCAGCUACAUCGCCCCUAGAAUGUUCCUUCUGCUGUGCCAGUGUGUCUGCUUUGUCUGCUCGUAGCUGAAAUCCACCCCUACGAGCAGACACAGCGAUCUUUGAGCCACUGCGCAUGCUCCCCCUGCUCCCUGAGCUAGGCCGAGAGCGGCCGCCGAUGUCUGUGAGUAUGCUGUGCAUGCUCCCGGCAUCUCACAGAUCACGUUGUGUCUGCUUGUAGGGGCAGAUUGCUGCUAUGAGCAAAGCAGGACGCACGGGCACAGCAGGAGGCACACUCUAGGGGCGAUCAGUAGCGCAUCCACACUUUGAAAUACGCUGUGAAUGUGCUACAUUUGACCUACCCUUAGAGUUUUCAUUUUGGGAAUACUGUAUGUACAUUGGUUGCAGUUUGCCCUUGCGAUCUUCAGAUCUGUACAAUAUAAAUUAGUAACAAAAACUUUUUGUAAUUAUAUAAAGGUGUUUGCGUUCUUUUUAAUUGUUAUUAAAAAUGAUGAUUCUUAACACAAA